AUGUCCCGUGUUAGUGAUUCUGCGGAAAAGGGGUACUACAUGCCGCACCACGCGGUAAUCAAAGACGCGAGUAAUACCACUAAGGUGAGGGUGGUUUUCGAUGCAUCCGCGAAAACAAAUAUUGGGAAAUCCUUGAAUGAUUUAUUAAUGGUAGGACCAACCAUCCAAAAUAAAUUAGUAUCACACUUACUCCGGUUCCGUUUUUAUAACUAUGUUGUGACAGCGGAUAUUGAAAAGAUGUAUCGUCAAGUGUGGAUACACGAAGAAGAUCGAUGUUAUCAGCGUAUCCUUUGGCGCGUAGAUGGUAAGGUGGAAACCUUUCAAUUAAACACGUUUACGUUCGGCGUUUCUUCCUCGCCGUUUUUGGCAAUUCGCACGAUUCAGAAACUCGCGGAAGAUGAGUGCCACACAUAUCCUAGGUCAGCGGAGAUUUUCAAGCGGCAUUUAUAUGUGGAUGACUUGUUGACCGGUGCCGAUACAGUAUAUGAAGCGCGUGCAGUUCGAGACGAGAUUAUUGCGUUAUUGGCUCGAGGUUUUAUUAUCAGACAAUGGGCAUCGAACGACGAACGCAUUGUUAGCGAUUUGGCCUCUAAUGUAUUGCACGCGAAUCUGAUAUUGGACGAAAAUCGAGCUUUAAAAACACUUGGCGUAACGUGGAGCACGCGUGACGACAGAAUAUAUUACUCGGCUAAUCCAAUCAAGAUCAUAGAAAUAUUAACAAAGAGAUACAUUUUAUCUGAGAUUGCGAAAAUAUAUGAUCCAUUAGGUUUAUUAGGCCCGGUAAUAAUGUAUGUUAAAAAAUUGAUUCAAGACUUGUGGCGGUCCGGAUUGCAGUGGGACGAAUCCGUUCCACAAAGCAUUCACACCCAAUGGUCACAGUUUACGAGACAAUGGGAAGCGAUGGAUGAGAUCUCCUUUGAGAAUAUUGGUCUCCGACUGUCAGAACAUACAAUUACACGGUUUUUGUGA